CUGGAUACGGUUGCUACAACCGUUGCGCACUUGUUAGCUUCCAAACAGACGACUUUACUCACCAAGUGUCAGCGCCAAUUUGAACCGAAUCUCGGUAAAUAAAGUUUGGAGCGGUUUCCGAUCCAUUGCUUUCCAUCUUUACUGCCCCACAGAACCAAACGGGAUGUUCACCUACUCAAGUCACCCCAAACCUGUGGAGAUCCGCAGAUACAGAGAUCUGCCCGACCCGAACCAGCUGCAGUAUGGAAACAUUAUGUAUGAUCGUCGUGUCGUCAGAGGAAAUCUCCACGACCAGCAGGUCACUUCAAAACAGAAUAAUAAUUCAGACCCUGGUAUGCAGCAAAGACAGCAGGCGUACAGAAGGAGAGCUAUUGCUCGAAAACAGUCCAAAGAACAGUUAAAAACCAAGACUCCUGAAGCUAUACAGGGCAGACAACAUGUUGUUGUACAAACAGACUCUUUCCUCGAGGAGCUGAGCAAUAUCAUUCAAGUUAGUGAGAUUGAUUGUCAGACCGAUGAGUUCCUGGAUAAACCAUCAACGCCGCUCUUUGUUCCUGCCAAAUCCGGGGUAGAUGUUGAAACGCAGAUAGAGGAGGGGGAUCUGUUUGACUUUGACCUGGAGGUGCAGCCUGUGUUGGAGGUUCUGGUUGGAAAGACGAUUGAACAGUCCCUGCUGGAAGUGAUGGAGGAGGAGGAGCUGGCCUGCCUGCGGACCCAGCAGAGGGUCUUCCAAGAGCUCCGAAACAACGAGCUGGCAGAGGUGCAGCGUCUGGAGGAGCAGGAGAGACGCUACCGAGAGGAGAAAGAGCGCAGAGUUGCCCAGCAGAAGGAAGUGCUAAAGAAGGAGCAGGAAACUGCAGAGAAGAUCGCCGCCCGGGUGUUCAGCCAGCAGUACUUGGCUGGACUCCUCCCUGCAGUCUUCUCCUCUCUCAGAAGGCACGGCUACUUCUAUGACCCUGUGGAGAAAGAUAUUUCAGUGAAUUUCCUCCCAUGGCUCAUUGCUGAGGUCAACAAACAAUUAGACAAGAGAUAUACAGCAAGAGAAGUGCUGGACAACAUCAUCUAUGAAGUCACUCUGAAAAGACUGGAGGAUUUUAAGCAUCUCAAGUUCGGUCAGGACUGCUCUGACUCAUGAAAAGAUCAGCUGAUCAGCAAAUGUUCCACCAGAAAUAAAAGUCUUAAAAAAAAGUGUGUUUA